GAGAGAGGUGAAACUGGUCACCACCACUAAUCUUAAUGAAUUCAUCAGUAACUGAAUCAGUAAAUCAUGACAAAAGGUUCCUAGUCACAGCAACUUGAGUGAUUCUCUUCUUUCCUUCUAUCGACAGGUGCCAGAGAGUUAUAGUGGGUGGCAGCCAGGUAGGCGGUAAAGAAUGCAGAUUUAUAUAUUAUUUUUUUUUCUCUCUCGAAGAUGAUCUAUCGGUUUGCGACCUUUCUGGUAAGUAUUUACCCGGUAUCGUUUUACUCAGCAAUCACAAACCCUGCAGAACACGGAGUGACACCGACAUGAGGAAGUUUUAUCGGCUUAUAACUGUCUACAAGUCGGCAUGGGUGUGGAUGUUGUAAGUACAAGGGUGCGAGACAAGUGACAAAGAUCGGUUUGUAGUUACCUGGGGUAACGGAGACGAGACGACUUUGACUUUUUGACAACGGCAUCCAAUGUACAGAGUCCUACAUGCUGUACGUCACAUUUGUACAAUAGACUGAAUCGAACGCUUACGUCAGACAAAAAAAGAAAAGAAAAAACCCUCGCCUCGUUAAUCCACAUUUUGUUCUGUAGUCAUGGACUCUUCACGCAGCAUGUCGAAGACUACCAUGCUGUAUGUCUUCAGCGCUCCCAACUGAUUUAUAUCUCAGGUGAGUGUUGCCAUUUUAAGCAGCGGGGGAAAUUACGACCCUCUACAUGCUGGAGCUCAGAGAUGAUAAGGGCUAUAGGCUGACGGCAUUCGACGAGCAACUUAAUUGUUGUUUCCACUGGGUUGUGGACGCUAGAAAGCUGGUGCACGAGAUGAUGUGAAUAGAAAGUUCCACUUGAGAGGCAGACACAGAGCAGGACUGAACGGACCAAAAGGGACGUAAGCCGGUGGCCGGAGCUGUUUUCCGCGAGAAUGGUCUUCUCCAGAAGGCAGCGGCAGAUUGGAAGGCGGUGAUACUUUUGGCUUAGAAUGGACAAGCUUAGCUCUGUACAGCUCACGUUGAGGCUAGAAACCUUAAAAAAAAAAAUCUAGCAUCCGAAGACGAUAAAUAAGCCAGCGAUUCGUAUAUAGCCACACAAAUUGUGAUACAAAAAUAUAUAAAUCGUCAAGCAUGGCGUCUACUCCAAGUCUGAGAUCUGAAGAAUCAGGAGGGUUGGAGACAGGAUACAGUCUCCUACCUCCGAGCGAGACAGCUGAUGUUUUGAACCUUACCCUGCAUCAGUGUGCAAGAGAUGGGGAUGAAGUCAAUAUGAACAUCCUUUUUCGGCAUCUUGGUGUGCAUCUUAGGAAGAAAAUCAACGAUUAUGAUGAUGAUUCUCUGACACCCUUGCACUAUGCUGCUCGAUAUAACUUCCUGGGUGUAGUCAAAUUACUGGUUGAAAAUGGAGCAGAUGUGAACAAAGUGGGUGAGGAUGAUGACACACCUCUCCACCAUGCAGCUAGGUACAGACAAGACAGAAGAAGGACAGAUGCUCGUGGGCAAAACAGAAUGGCCUCCCCUGUCAGUUUGGCAGAUCUGUCUCCUUCAGUGCCUGGUCUCAAUGGAAUUCCUUUCCAGGAGGAAGGAGACAGAGAAUUUUUCCAAGGAAAUAGCAGCGUCAUAUGUUAUCUCAUCUCUAAAGGUGCCAAUAUCAACUGCAGAGACACCUAUGGGCAAACACCAUUGCACUUUGCUGCCAUGCGAGGAAAUGUUUGUGCAUGUAAAGAUCUGCUUCGAUUUGGGGAUGUGGAUAUUGAGGCAAAGGACAAGCAAGGUAUCUGCCCUCUGCAUAUGGCAGCUAUCCAUAAUCAGGUGGAAGUUGCACGUCUGCUUAUCGAGGCUGGAGCUGAUCUCCGCAGUACAGACAAUGAACAGUCUAGACCAUUGCAUCAUGCAUGUGGCUCAGGCAGUACUGAAAUAGUGCAGCUUCUAUUUGGAGCGGCGUCCAGAUUUCCAGAAAUGAUUUCAAAUAUGGUCACAGAUACUGACAUAAAACACAGCACAUGCUUGCAUGUGGCUAUUGACAAUGGACAUUAUGAGGUGGCACAACUAUGUAUUGAAAAAGAAGCUGAAGUUAACAGACCACGCAAACAGAACAUGUACCCGCUCCACCUGGCAGCCAUGUCAGGUGAUAUGCGAAUUGUCAGAUUGCUAGUAGAUCAUUCGGCACGUAUCGAUGCUGUUAACGAUGACCGAGCCACAGCUUUACACAACGCAGCAGCCUUCAAUCAUACAGAAGUUAUCAAUUUUCUACUGGAGAAAGGUGCAGACAUCAAUCGUCGUGACAAGGAUAACUACACGCCUCUUCUUCUAGCUGCCACCUAUGGUCAUGCUGACACAGUGGAGCUGUUGUUGACAAAAGGUGCUGACUACAGUGCUGUGGACAAGCAUGAGAAGACAGCCAUCUUCCUGGCAGCUGAAGAAAACAAGUUGCAAGCUUUAAGAAAGCUGCUAGAACAUCCUCAAACGAGGCAAAUCGUCAACUUCAGUGACCAACAUGGUAAUAGCCCUCUGCAUAUUGCUUCCCAGCAGGGUCAUCUGGAUGUUGUGAAGUACCUCCUUGCAAACAAUGCUGAUAUUGAUGCCAAGAAUGAAGAAGAGCAAACACCACUUCACCUUGCUGCCAAAUUUGGACGCACAAAUAUUGUUCGGGAAAUCAUUCGUCGUGACAAGUCAGUAAUCAACAAUGAGGAUGAAAAGUCAAACACUGCUCUUCACCUAGCUGCACAGUAUGGUCAUAACAAAAUGGCUGCUCUUCUAAUAGAGUUGGGAGCUCAUGUAUCUGCAAGGAACUACAACCAGUGGACUCCACUAGAUUUAGCAGCUGCUAAAGGAUGGACCAAGACAUGCCAUGUAUUGCUGAGCAAUGAUGCCCCAAUAGACCCUGUAGACAAAAACAAGACAACACCUCUUCAUCUUGCAGCCAGGCAUGGCCACCCAAGGGUGGUCCAGUUACUUUUAGACAGGAAUGCUAAUGUCACACUGGAAGAUUCUAGGGGUUGCAAUUGUCUGGACCUGGCCAUUGAAAACAUGCACGUAGAUGUUGCAAUGACGAUCAUCAAUUCCAACGUCUGGAUUAAGGCACUGAGAAAUUCAACUAAACUGCCUGGUACAGACAACAUUGAGACACCACUGAGAAAACUUAUUAAAAAAAUGCCAGCUGUGGCAGAGAAAGUCUUUGAUCGGUGCCUGAUCUAUGGUCAAGAGAAGAAUCCAGAGCAUCCUGAAUAUGAGGUCACGUUCAACUAUGAAUUUCUGGAUGAUGCCUGUGCUCCCUGGAUUGAUGAGGAAUACAGAAGCCAUCUUCAUUCAGGCCCUUCCACAAGUGAUGCAGUGUUGAGUCCAGGUAUCGCAUAUGAUGAUAAUGGACAUCUUCUGCCAAAAGCUCAGCCAUAUACUUUAGACAGAAACUAUCUUAAAAAAAAUCAUCCCCUAUACAUCAUGGUCACCUCAAAACGUGUGGAGCUCUUGGGCCAUCCACUGGUGACAUCACUGCUGAGACACAAGUGGAAUUCCUUUGGACGAUUUUUCUACUACCUUUCUCUAUUGAAAAAUGAAUGCCUUACAAACCACCAAAGCAUUCAUUCAAAUGUGUUUGCCACAGUUGCUAUGAUUGUUGUCCUUCUCUUAUCUGUAAUCAGCUUACUUAAAGAGAUGCUACAAUUUUAUCAGGCGAAACUGGCAUAUUUGGGCUGGACCAAUCUUAUUGAAUGGAUCAUUUACAUCACUGCUAUACUUCUAGUUGUUGACUUGGGGCCAUGUCAAGAAAUAACAGGUUAUAAAGAUCCAUGGCAGUGGUCUUUCGGUGCUGUCUGCAUCUUCUUGUCCUGGCUGAACUUGCUGCUGUUUAUCCAGAAGUUCCCACAGUUUGGCAUCUAUGUGGUGAUGUUCACAGAUGUCCUCUACACCUUUUUACAAUUUUUUGUUGUCUUCCUCCUCUUCAUCAUUGCCUUUGCACUUGCUUUCUACACAGUUCUUCAAAAUCAGAAAGUGUUUCAAACUGUGCCAGACUCACUAAUUAAAACCACAGUAAUGAUGAUUGGAGAGAUUGAUUUUAAAGACAUUUUUCAUAGUGAUGAGGAUAUACUCUAUCCUGGGAUCACAUACAUCAUUUUUGUCAUCUUCUUAGUGGUCAUGUCAAUACUCAUCAUGAACUUACUGGUGGGUCUUGCAGUUGAUGACAUCAAGGCAGUCCAAGAGCAGGCAUCACUGAAGCGUUUGGCUAUGCAGGUUGAACUGACACUGGAUGUGGAGAAGGUGAUACCAGAUUUUAUCUGGCGCAAGGCCUUUUUACAGAGCAAGACAAUUAAACCGAACACCAUUAAAAAAUACCCUUUCAGACGGUUCUUUUCUUCUGGUUUAACAGCCAAAAACUUGCAGGAUGCACUUCAUCCAGAACUAGAUACAACUGAAAAAGUGCUAUUGGAGCAAGAAAAAUUAGGUGCAGAUGUAAAAAAACUUAAGCGUACUGUAACAGAUCUCCAGGAAUCUUCUCAACGUUUGGAAUCUAUGCUGCGUGCCAUCAUUCGUGAAAACAGGAUUGUCUGGGAAGAUGAAGAUUACCAAGAAGAGGAUGAGGUAGAAAAGAUUGACUCGGGACUUGGUUCCUAAACCCUUCAACAGACAAAUUUUACCUUAUAUGAUUUUUUUUUUUCAAUCUAGGUGAUGGGGAAAUUUUGAACUAGGCUAUUUCAAACAGGUUUGACUUGAAGCUUCUAUUGAAAGAGUAGUUGCAGACAGAAACUGACAAAAAUAUACUGUAUUACGAAAGUGUUUUUCAAGAGAAAUUUACAAGUAGGUCUUAAAACACAAAAAACUGCUCGGUCAGAUGGGACAAAGCAGUAAAUGUAUAUCCACUAGAUCAUCUUUGAUGUUUCUUUAAAGUCUGAGCAGCAAGACUAAGUCCUCUCACCAUUUCCAAUCCAACUUGUUACACUAUGCACAUAUAAUUUGCUUUUUGUGACAUCUGAUUACUUCUAAGUCAUUGUUCUCAAAAGACUGUAAGUCAAGAUUUUAAUUUCCUACUAAAUCAUAAUUACCACAAGUCAUAUUUUAUGUAUGAUUAUCUUAGAGAAUGUGUAUAGCAUCGUUUAUCCACUUUGUGCCAAAUUUUAGAGAAAUAUUUUGCAUUUGAAUGCAUUAGGCUAUGUUUUUUUUUAAGAUUUACACUGAUUUGGAAUGUUUAAUUUAUAUUUAUUUUCUACAUUUUAAGAUGUUACCACUGACUCCAAAUGAGACAGUGCUGUAUAGAAGAAACUGUGUCAUACAUCUUUUAUGCCAAACAUUGGACAACAUUGUAAUUUAAGACUGCACCAAUAUUUUGCGCACACACAUCAGUCUGGUCAGCUCAACCACUUUAUAGUCUAUGAACUUGCUGAUCCUAAGAAUUUAUUAUUGUAUGCAUUUUAAUGGUAUUUGUAUUACCAAUUUAUAGUUAAAAUAUUUACUUUGCUCUCAUGGAAUCAGUGAUAAAACUGUAGUGAUGCUGCUGUGCACUUCAUGAUCAGCUGUGAUUACAGGAUAAUGUUUAAACUUCCGCUGUCCUCGGGGGGAGGAAAAGCAGGGUUCUUGUCAGGCCAGAUGAAAGUAAUUUGCAAUGCCAAGGUACAUAAUAUUGCUUGUGUGCCUCACCUCCCUCCAUGUAUCGAAAUAUUCCUGCCCUAAGGUAGAAGUUUGACCUAAAAGUCAAAAUUAUUAUUAGAUUUUCCUCAUCAUCCCCUAAACUGAAGGCUUUAGCUCGGUAAUAUACAUUGUUGUUAUAGUGGCUAGCUAGCUUACAUAUUUAAUGUCUUCAUAAAAAUAUCUUUAAAUACCCAGACAGAAAGUGCUCCACAUCUCGUGCAAUCCAAAGUCAGCUCUUCUAAAUUAAGGAAAAAAAUGUAAAACUUGAGGUUUUUGUUUAGUAAUAUUUAUCAUGAAGGUAUCAGUAAUGUUACAUGUCUAAUAGAUAUUUUUGUAGAGAUUUAUGAGUGUUUGCUAUGUCUUAUGAACUUAGUGAUGUAGGCACUUUAAUUUCACAAGUGCACCUAAUAAUCUGGAUAUCACAGAUUUUGCUUACCUUUUCAAGCAUGAUCAAUCACUUUUAAUUAAUGAUCUGAUUACCACUGUGAUGCUUUACUCAUUAAUGUUAGUGAAUAAUGUUUGUGAUAUUCUAACUUUUCUGCCAUUUUGUUUAUACAAUGGAUUUCAUGGCCAGCAUAUUCUUUGUGUGAUUUUUGGCAUAGAGUUUAAGUACCAGUU